AUGAAGGCGCGCGAAGCGCGUAUGAUCGGUCUAAUUGAACAUUCUAGCAAAGGAGGAUCUCCUAGUACGGGAAGUGAAGAUGGGACAACCAAUGAUCUUAUGAAUGCUGACAGUGAAUUUGAUCCUUUUCUUGAAAAUAUACCGGAUGACUUACAAGAUGUAGAAGAGCCAGAUAAUGCUAACUCCACUCUAUUAACUGCACCACCUGAAAAUGAGUGGUAUCAUGGACGGCUUGACAGAUUCACAGCAGAAGAGAGAUUAUGGGAUGCCAAUAAAAUGGGUAGUUAUUUGGUCAGAGAGAGUGAUCGAAAGCCCGGAAGCUAUGUAUUGUCUUAUCUUGGAAGAACUGGAAUUAAUCAUUUCAGAAUUACUGCUGUCUGUGGAGAUUAUUACAUAGGUGGCCGACAAUUCAACAGCUUAUCCGAUUUAGUGGCUUAUUACACUCAUUGCUCAGAUUUAUUAAAGCGAGAGCGACUUAUACAUCCAACACCACCUCCAGAACCCGUUAAUGACAAAAAACGGAUUGUCGCUAUUUUACCGUAUACGAAAAUGCCAGAUACUGAUGAGCUCAGUUUUCAAAAAGGAGAUAUUUUUUUUGUACACAAUGACAUGGGAGAUGGUUGGCUUUGGGUCACUGCUCAUAGAACUGGAGAGCAAGGAUUGAUUUUUCGAGAAUUGGUUGAAGAUUUGGAUGAUUCAAUUGAUCCCAAUACUGUUUUUUCGUGGUUUCAUCCAAAUGUCACCAAAAGUGAAGCUGUUGACAUGUUGGUUAAAGCAGGACCAGGAAGUUUUCUAGUCAGGCCAUCGGAUAAUAGUCCAGGCGAUUACUCAUUAUUUUUUCACAUAAAUAAUCAAAUUCAACGAUUCAGAAUUGAGAAAAAAGGUGUACGAUAUCUAAUGGGAGGAAGAACCUUUGAAUGUCUUGACGCCGUUAUAAACCGUUACAGGAAAGAACAAAUCGUUGAAGGACACACCUUAGUUCAAGCAAUGAUUACUGAACCUGACGGCAGUGUUAGAGUUAAUAGAGAAGUGCAACAUGCAGAAAAAAUCUAUGCAACACUUAGAGAGUGUCGCGAACAAUCAGGCGCUAAAAAAAAUAAAGGCAUAAAAAUGCAAGGAUACUUGGAAAAAAAAUCAGAAAAAAAUAAAAAGUGGAAAGCAUUAUAUUUUGUACUUUUAGUAGAUGCAACAGAUACGCAUCUCUAUUUGUAUGAUAAUCCUAAACGGACGAAGCCUAAAGGACUCAUUGAUCUUAGCUGUGCCUAUCUAUACCAGACUUUUAAGCUUGAAGAGCUUAAAAGCUUAGAACUCUUUGAGCUCGGAAAGCUUAAGAUAACACAUGAAUUAUAUUUUGAUCUUGAAGAGCUCAAAAGCGUCACAAGUGCAAUUUUAAGCGCUUAG